UCUCAUCCCAUGGUUAAAACAAAACCCGACAACAACCAUAAAUCAACCAAACAGGUUUUCGGAAUAAAACCUUCUCUCUAGAAAACAAUGGCGCUUAGGGUUUUAGUUAGAAGAUCUCUUUCCCUCUCCACUUCAUCAUCGUCAUCUCCUUCAUUUCUACUUUGUAAUCGAGUAUCUCACUCUAUACUCGAGAAAUUAAAUGAGAAAAUUCUUCCAGAGCCAAGGAAAAUCCCAAUUAGGUUUAAAACUAGUGGUUCAGGAGGGUAUUCUCAAUUAAAUGAUCCAUCUCCAAAUUGGAGUAACAGACCACCUAAAGAAACAAUACUUCUUGAUGGUUGUGAUUAUGAACAUUGGCUUAUUAUUUUAGAGUUUCCUAAAGACCCUAGACCUUCUGAAGAUGAAAUGAUUUCUACUUAUGUCAAAACCCUAGCUGCUGUUUUAGGAAGUGAAGAAGAGGCAAAGAAGAAGAUUUACUCAGUUUGUACUUCAACUUAUGAUGGUUUUGGUGCGUUAAUCUCUCAAGAACUAUCUGAGAAAGUAAAAGAACAACCGGGAGUUCUUUGGGUGUUGCCUGACUCGUAUCUUGAUGUUCCAAACAAGGAUUACGGAGGAGAUUUAUUUGUAGAUGGAAAAGUAAUUCACCGACCUCAGUUCAAUUAUAGUAAUAGCCAGCAAAGUAGGCAGAGACCACGCCAAAGGUAUGAUAGCCGCCGACAAGCAAUGCAGGUCGCAAGGAAUGAACAUGCGCAAAGAGGACCUGUUCCUGCUGCUUCUCGUCCGUUGGGUGGGCAAGAUUCGUUCCAGAAUGGAGGGAACGAUCCAUCUAAGAAUCCAGGACAAUUUAACCAGGGAAGGGGGCCAUACUAGUUUAAGAAGAGCUUAGAGGAAGUUAGAUAAGGUGUGUAGAACUUCCGAUUUCCAAAAAAAUUUAAUUAGAUAUUGGUCUCUGUUGGCAAUGACAUAAAGACAAUGUAGUUAUCAAAGUGCAUAAAUUAAAUGUUUAUCAUGUUUUGCUAUACAAGUAUUGUAGCGAGAACUAGAUUGACCACGUUCCAGUUCUUUUAUUUGUUCUUCUCCAUAGAACAUCUUAUAA